AUCUAUUUGCACAAGCCCAAGUGUUUGGUGUUGUGCAAAUAAGAAGUAUUCAAAUUGUUGCACGAAUUGUGCGGCUUGUUUAACAAUUUGUAUUUGCACCAGUAUGUUUCGAUGGCAACUCGUUUUUUCCACGAAGAUGACUCCCUCGUGUUCAGGCCGUUCGCCGAGUAUCCUUAUGUUUGGGACAGGUUUGGGAAAUGGCUACGUCGAGCAACAUUCCCUACCCGGGAAGGAAGUUUACAAGUUGGUGCGACGUAGAGAAGUGUCUAGAUGCAUACGGCGAAGAGAAGUGGUUUGCAUGGAGUAUUGCCCAUUCGUCAUCAAUCGAAAGUGCAAAUCUCAACCUGAAAGCGCGAGGUGAGACAGCAUUGUAUGAUCCGAAGCUGAAGCACAAAAAUGUCAUUCUGACGUGUACUUGUGGGGGCGUGAAGAGGAUUAAUAAUGGGAAAGGGUUGCGUUGCCACCAGUCAACUUGGAAAACUGGCUGUCGUGUGGAGGUUCACCUAAAGGCCUCAAAGACAGAAUUAGUGGUGGAUAAAUUUGAGCCUGAGCACAACCAUCGCUGCGAUGAAAAGUUCUUUUCAGCCCUCCCUAAAAUUCGUAGGCGGAGGCUGCAGGAUCCCAAAGUUAGAGCCACAACAGAGCUUCUGUUCAAAGCUGGUGUGAAACCAUGCAAGAUCCGCUCUUUGUUGAGAUCUAUGGACUGUGGCCAGAUACAGCAACGUGACUUGGCGAAUGAGAGGGCGAGAUGGAAGAAGGAGGGCCUUAAUGGGAAAACGCCUGAGGAGAAACUUGCUGAAUCCUUACAAAAGCUUUUGGAUGCUGAUCCUGGAGCUUUUAUUUACAUUGGCAAAGAUAAGGAUAAUAACCUGGAGUAUCUCUUUAUCCAAACAUCAGCACAAAGAAAAGUAAUGGAAGACUUUGGUGAGGUUCUCCUGUUGGAUCACACGUACAAAAUCAAUAGGAAUAGAAUGCCUGUAACUGUGCUGAUGGCAAUGGACGGCCAUGGUGAUGGGAGGGCGGUUGGCUAUGCCUUCAUUGCCAAUGAGAAGUCAUCAACAAUUGGAGAGGUUCUAUCUGCAUUUAAGACCUCCAUCACCAGUGCUGUUGCAGAUAGAAUACAGACUGUUGUGGUGGACAAAGAUUAUUCAGAGGUCAAAGCUAUAAAGUUGGUUUUGCCAAAUGUAAAUAUACAACUCUGUGAUUUCCAUGUGUCAAGGACAUUCAAAAGUACAACCAAAGCAGAAAAGCCAGAAGUUAAAACCAUCAUCACAAACAUGAGGUAUUGUAGCAGCUCGUCUGACUUGGCAAAGCUUGUAAAAGAUCUAACAGUAUUAGCCACAGAGCAAUUCAUGAAAUAUUUCAAAAAAAACUGGCUGUCUUGCCCAAUGGCAUGGACAUUUCGGGACCGAAGUAAGUCUUUGAAUUUAGGCAACAAUACUAACAACAGGUUGGAAAACCACAACUCCAAAGUGAAGAUGAUGUUACAUCAUAACCACGAGUUGUAUGAAGCCCUUGAUAACCUUUUAGAAUUGGUCCAAAACAAAGAGGAUGAUGUGAUCUUUAGAAACACAAUUGACCAGGUUAAAGAGGCCUAUUUUAUGCACUCCACUGAUCCCAUUGUCCAAAGUUUAGUGAAAGACUUGACAAGAUUUGCCGCUAAACUAAUUCUUGAAGAAUUGAAUCGAACUGUGUCUGCUGAAGAAGUGAAAAGGUUCUGUGCUACUGAAAAAGAGUGCCUGUGCCCUCACUGGGCCUGCUACUUACUGCCAUGUCGCCACAUGUUUUCAGUGAGGAGACAAAAAGGUCUACAAGUUUGCUGUACAGGUAAAAUCAACAAACGAUGGUGGAAAACACAGUACCACGAAAUAGUUACAUCUGAUGAACCUGAAUGUAGAGUGUUUCAGCGUGUUGUUCCAAAACUCAUGCCUAGGACAACGAAUGAGAGGUACACCCACAGUAUGUUGAAAGCCAAAGCAAUCUGUGAGGUAAUGUCAGAGUCUAGUGAGAAGCAGUACUCAUCAAGGUAUGCUAAUCUGGAAGCACUUCUCCAGUUUUACAGUGAAGGCAAGGAGGUUGCAAUUUUGGAAAUUCUUCCAUCAUCAGCUAUCAAUCUAAAUGCAACUACAGCACUUACUAUACUGGAAGGGGAACAUCAUGUUAUUUCUGAAACUCCAAAUGGAAAAGAGACAGCUACUGUUGUUACUCCAGAAGAGAUUAGUGUUAACUCGGCAGUUCAUAAUCAAACACAAGGUACCGCAACUCUUACUGUACUGGAAGAGGAACAGGUUAUUUCUGUAACUCCAAUUGAAAAAGAAACAGCUACUGCUGUUACUUCAGGAGAGACCAGUGUAAUCUCAGCAGUUGAUAACUCAACUCCAGUGAGAGCAAAUAGCAGGAUCGAACAGUCAUUUUCCAAACCUGCUACUACUCUAAAUAUGACUGAAGUGCAGCCCAUUGCUCCUGUAUGUUUUUGUGGUAUUUCUUGUAUAAGGCUCGUCUCACAGCCAACAUCGAGGUGGCCAAACAACCCAUUCUACAAGUGUUCUACAAACACUUGUAGGUUCUGGCAACCAGCUAAGAAGUCUAAGAAGUCACUUGUCCAGUCUCAGGACAUACAACAUACAAUUGAUUACAGUGAUUUACUGAACUGUAAUGAACCUGAUGCCAUUGCAGAACUUGUGAAUGCCAUAGAUGAACUAGAGAACAUGGAUGAAACAAACGAAAAGAACAAGGAUGAUCAACUCAUCUUGGACAAUGCUGAUACUACUUCCCAAAAUAUUUGUCAUGGUUCUAUUGAAGUAAAUUUGGAAGUGAAUGCAAAUGAAGCUACUGCCAAAAAAACAAAUGGAGAGAAAGAGUUUGUGUCAAAUGGUCAAAUUGUAUCUGGAAAUGUAGUAGCGGAAGAUGAAGUGGACGAUGAAGCGACAUUGAAUACAAAUGGUACCGUAGAUGUAUUUCAGGCACUGAAAGGAAUUGUAUUACCACAGCCAGUCAAACAGAAAGGUCGACCACAAGGUCUAGGUAAAACCACUUUCAAUUGGACCAAAAAAACCAGCAAACCAAGGGGUUUUGUGAUGAGGUCUUUGGAAAAAGGACCAGUGCAGACACGUAAAGAUAAUGGCUUGAAAAUACCAGACUCUGAUGUUACAAAGGAGUCUGAGUCAGAGUGGUCUGUGACAAGCCAGUCCAAGGGCUCCUCAGAUAUUUACAGGGUCUCUAAAUCUCAAACACCAUUCUGUCAUUUAUGUGUGGGAACAGAGUGUAUCCACAUUUGGGCAUGUGAAUGCCAUGAUUACAAAUUCAGAAGUACUGUUUGUAAACACAUUCACAAAGUUAUGGAUUUGGAUAAAAAAUCCAAUGAUAAAUCAGUAACUGUAGGUCAUCGCCUUUCACUGGAAAGGUCUACUUGUGGUAAGGGGUGCAUGAUGGUGGUUGUUAUCCUGGGUGUAACAGUGUUCAGUGAAUACAGUCACAAAUCAAGUGCUGCUUCAUGGGCUCAGCAAUUUUGGUUUAAGGUGCAACAUUCCUUCUCUGCUAUCAGUGAACUGUCCUAUGGUGUGCAUGAUUUCCAAGUUGUCACAUGAACACUGUUUCUAAUUUCAUUGACUGUCUGAUUACAGUUAAUUUUACAUUUUUUGUGGGAUAUAUUUUGUUACUGUUCCACUUUGUUGAAAAGUAACAAAAUAUUCUUAACAAAACAUGUUUUAAUGCCAACAUCAUAUGGGUAAACUGUCAGCUAUAAUUCAGCAAUGAUAAUGAUCGUGGUGUUG